AUGGUACACGCAGUCUUCCAACUAGGCGAAAUGGACGUCUACGUCCGUGAUCAACUCAAACAUGGCUCACAACCAGUGAUUUGGUUUUUUGACUCGAGGUCCAACACAUAUCUCAUAAGAGUAGAGAUAUCUCGCAGAGCCUUCGAGGCCGUAGCCGGCAAGAUACCGAAAGAGGAGCACCCGGACGUUACCACGAGAUUGGCCAUCAGUUCAUUUAUUGGGGUCAUUCGCAAAGUUCUUCGAUCCAGUACGUCAGAGAUCCCUGUGGGGGCUACAGGACGCCAUGAGACCGAAGACGACAUGGACAUUGCACUCAAACGUGAACCUAACGGUUUCAGCUUCCCAGAUCCUGAAGCAGUGGAUGUAUUGAAGGCUUCGACCAUAGACGUGAUUAGCUGUAUCUGUCAAGAGAUUCGAGAACACUAUGUACUUUUCUGA